AUCAAUCACAUCAUCACUUCAUCACACAGCUUUAAUUGCAAAUUGCUUAGAAAAAAAUAUUAUGUGGAUUCCCAGUGUAUUUGCUCUGGUGCUCGGAUUCAUCGUGGUUCGCCUCUACAUUUCUCUGGUGAUAAAUCCCACAAAAAUCCGAAAAAUCUUGAAGCAGCAAGGAAUCCACGGCCCCCCGCCGAAGAUCCUCCUCGGCAACAUCCUCGAGAUCAAGAAAUCCCGCAACGCGGCCGCCCCCGCCCCCGCCAACAGCUCCGCCCCGCCCACCCUCCACGACGCCGCCUCCGUCUUCCCGUUUUUGGAGCAAUGGAGAAAGCAAUACGGUCAAAUGUUCACAUUUUCUCUUGGCAAUCGGCAAAUAAUAUACGUGAGCGAUCCCAAUCUAGUGAAGGAGAUCACGACGACGACGUCGCCGGACUUGGGCAAGCCUUCUUACCAGCAGAAAACACUGGGCCCUCUUCUCGGACAGGGCAUCUUGACCUCCAACGGCGCGAUUUGGGCGCGGCAGCGGAAGAUCAUGGCGCCCGAGCUCUUCAUGGACAAAGUUAGGGGAAUGAUGAGCAUAAUCACCGAGUCGGCUCACACGGUGGUGAAAACAUGGAAGCAAGAAAUCGAGGCCAACAACGGCGGCGGGGCUCUCGACAUCGCCGUGGACGGUUACAUGAAGAGAUUUUCAGCAUAGAUCAUUUCUCGAGCUUGUUUUGGUAGCAACUACACAAAAGGGCAAGACAUCUUUACGAAGCUUACGUCUCUACAGGAGCUUGUGUCCAAGAAAGCAUUGUCUGCCGGCCUACCAGGCUUAAGGCAUGUUCCGACGAGGAGCAACCGGAGGAUUUGGGGUCUAGAGCGGGAAAUUCGUGCGUCGAUUUUAAAGCUAGUGAAGGAGAGGCAGAAGGUCGGAGUCGGCGAGGAUUUGCUGCAAACACUUGUUGAAGGGGCAAAGGAGACUUACUCGACAUCGGCUGCGAUGGAUCAGUUCAUCGUUGAUAACUGCAAGAACAUAUACUUGGCUGGGUUCGAGACAUCGGCUAUUUCGGCCUCGUGGUGUCUGAUGUUGUUGGCUACGAAUCCGGAGUGGCAAAUUCGCAUCAGGGAGGAAGUGGACCAAGUCUGUGAGGGUCGAGUCCCCGACAUAGACACGCUUCGUAAGAUGAAGCAGCUACACAUGGUGAUUCAAGAGACGAUGAGGCUGUACGCUCCGGCCCCGACCCUGUCGAGGGAGAUGCUGAAAGACGUGAAGAUCGGCGGCCUGAGGGUGCCCAAGGGCGUGAACGUGUGGACCAUGGUGGCCACGCUACACACGGACCCCAAUAUAUGGGGUCCGGAUGCGCUCCAGUUCAAGCCGGAGAGGUUCCAGAAUGGAAUCUCGGGCGCGUGCAAGAGCCCGAACUGCUAUAUGCCGUUCGGGUUUGGGCAACGCGUGUGCGUGGGGCAGCAUCUGGCUAUGGUGGAGCUCAAGCUGCUCAUGGCUCUCAUCAUGUCCAACUUCUCCUUCACUCUGUCUCCCAAAUAUGUACACAAACCGGAGAUGACGACCAUAAUAGAGCCUAAGCAUGGAGUUAACAUUUUGAUUAACAAGAUCUAAGAAGUUAUAUAUGUAUACUUAUCUUAAUUAAAUGUUUGGCUGAAAACGUGUGGUUCAAUUAAGCUUUCUUUUCUUCUGUUUUAAGAUGGGGCUUAUUGGUAACGAGGCACAAUUCAGUUGGUAAGACGUUUCUCUCCGAUUCAAGUACUAUGUGUAAGUAUGUAAAAGAUAUAUUUGGUUUCUUUGAGGUAAAGAUUGCAUUAAUUCGAACCUUA